AGAACGCUAUCAAUUGUUUGUUUUUUUUAAAUAAUAGAAAUUGUUGUUCAAAGGUCGCUAAACAGAUUAUUAGAGAAAGGUUUCAGCCAAUAUUCAUUUGACAAAACGAGCAGCUACACUUUCAUAACCAUUUCCAAUAUGUCGAAACUACAGUUGUUGAAUGUAUUCGUCACCGAGCGUUUAUCCGCGGCUGCUGUGGAGAUAUUCGGGGUCGUGGAGAAGACCAUAGCGGAGUAUCAGGAAGAAAUCUUCCGUUCAGCAGAGGAGAACGAGCGUCUACGGAGGCUGUUGGACAUGGCUACCAAACCAGAGAGAACGUCACACAUAGCAGACUUCCAGCUACUCACUCCCUCUGUUCCCCCUGAGCAGCAGAACUGUGAGCAGGAGUGGAGCCCCAGUCUGGAGCAGGAGGACCCAGAACCCACACAGAUUAAAGAGGAACAACAGGAGCUCAGACUCAGUCAGGAGGACCCACCUCAGCCCUCACAUCUGUACCAAAACCAAACUGUGGAUGAUGGAGAGAGGAGCUCUCUACCUAUCAUCAUAACUGAGGAGAUCAAAACGGAACCUGAUGGAGAGGGCCACAGAGUACCAGAACCAACCAGUAAUCAGCCCCACUCAGUUCAUCCAGACUGCUCUGCUGCAGUGGAGAAGCCAUAUCAGUGUAAACAAUGUGGCAACAGCUUCACACGUAAGGGACACUUGACCAUCCAUUCAAGGACACACACAGGAGAGAACCCCUAUCAGUGCAAACAAUGUGGCAAAAGGUUUAACCAGAAGAGCAACUUGACCAUCCAUACAAGGGUACACACAGGAGAGAAUCCCUAUCAGUGCAAACAAUGUGGCAAAAUGUUUAACCAGAAGGGACACUUGACCGUUCAUUCAAGGAUACAUACAGGGGAGAGACCAUAUCAGUGCAAAGACUGUGACAAAGCCUUCAACCAGAAGAUAGAAUUGACAUUGCAUAUGAGAGCUCAUACAGGAGAGAGACCAUAUAUCUGUCCUUGUAAACAAUGUGGCAACAGCUUCACAUGUAAGGGACACUUGACCAUCCAUUCAAGGAUACACAUAGGAGAGAAAUCUUAUCUGUGCAAACAAUGUGGCAAAAGCUUCAUCCAGAAAGGUGACUUGGACAGAUAUACAAGGGUACACACAGGAGAGAAUCCUUAUCAGUGCAAACAAUGUGGCAAAAGGUUUAGCCAGAAGGGAAGCUUGACAGUCCAUUCGAGGAUACAUACCGGGGAGAGACCAUAUCAGUGCAAAGACUGUGGCAAAGCCUUCAACCAGAAGAUAGAAUUGACGUUGCAUAUGAGAGCUCAUACAGGAGAGAGACCAUAUAUCUGUCCUGUAUGCAAGAAAGGUUACAUCGCAUUAAGCUAUUUAAGACGUCAUCAGCGUGUUCACACAGGGGAGAAACCUUACCAGUGCAAAGAAUGUGACAAAUGCUUUGGUUAUAAACAUCGCCUAACAUCACAUAUGAGCACUCAUACUAAAGGGCAUAAAUGA